UUCAGUCUCGGCUGCCCCAAUCAAAGAUGGCGCCGGCGCUUCAGCUCUAGCGGAAAUGAGCUCAUACGACACCGGAAAGGAAGGCGGGGAGAGCUAGCAGGCGGGUGGGUGAUCGGCUGUGGGUGGGGCGGCGGCCGGGCCCUGGCUGUUACUUUUGGGGCUGGGGCGGCUCCAGGGACCGGUCCGCUCCGGUGAAGUCCGCCGGGCGUCAGGACCAGGGGUGUCGGAGGAGGCCGCCGCGAACCUCUCACCUUCGACCCCCGCUGAAGCGGCCUCGGAGCCGGCGGCGUCUGCCCGACCCUCGGCGGGCUGCGCGCGACCGCCCCGGUUCAGUCUGGGGCUGCGGCGGGAACCGCCGAACUGGCUGGACGGGUCCUUUUUUCUGAGGACCCGGCGGAGGAGAAGAGGCAGCGCGGCCGGCCCGCCUCCCGAGCCCUGUGGUCAGGCCGCGGGUUCCGGGGCUCCUCGGCCGUGGUCUCCCGUCCUUGCCCCCGCGUUCCCGGCCGGAGGAUCCGCGACCUCGCCCGCGCCGCCCGGCUGCUCCUCCGAGUGUGGCAACGAGCCCUCUGGCUGGGUGAUCUGUCCUUGUUCUUGCUCGGGAGAGGCAGCUAUCGGAAGGGGACCUGUGCUCUUUAAAAGUUUGAACCAAAGUGGAAAUGCGUGUCCUCGUUUUCUGGACCGCUGACGGUUUCCACUCUAGCCGCGGUCUGAGAUCACAUUCAGAGUAAAAAAAAGCAAGAGAGAAAGAAACGGGGAAAGUACCUCCAAGAGCCUUCUGCAGGUGAUUCCUCUCGCCCGAGAAGGGCAGAUGAACUUUGGAGUUAAGAUGCAGGGAGGUGAGCCGGCACCGGUCCUGAAAGUCUCGGAGAGUGAAGGGAAGCUGGAGGGCCUGGCCACCGCGGUGACCCCGAACAAGAACAGCAGCAACAGCAGCUGUGGGGGUGCCAUCAGCAGUAGCAGCAGCAACAGCAGCCGUGGUGGCAGUACGAAAGGCUGGCAGUACAGCGACCACAUGGAAAAUGUUUAUGGCUAUUUAAUGAAGUACACCAACCUCGUCACUGGGUGGCAGUACAGGUUUUUUGUUUUAAACAAUGAAGCUGGGCUAUUGGAGUACUUUGUGAAUGAACAGUCUAGAAAUCAGAAACCCAGAGGUACUUUGCAGCUUGCAGGUGCUGUGAUCUCGCCCAGCGAUGAGGACUCCCACACCUUCACAGUGAAUGCAGCCAGCGGGGAGCAGUAUAAACUCAGAGCCACAGAUGCUAAAGAGCGGCAGCACUGGGUCAGCAGACUGCAGAUCUGUACACAGCACCACACAGAAGCUAUUGGAAAGAAUAAUCCUCCCCUGAAGUCACGGAGCUUCUCGCUUGCAUCUAGUGGUAAUUCUCCCAUAUCCCAGAGGAGACCGAGUCAGAAUGCCAUUUCGUUUUUUAAUGUGGGACAUUCCAAACUGCAAUCAGUGAACAAAAGAGCUCAUUUGCAUCCAGACCAUCUUGUGGAAGUCAGAGAAAUGAUGUCUCAUGCAGAAGGACAACAACGAGACCUGAUUAGACGGAUCGAAUGCCUUCCUGCUUCUGGCCUUCUUAGUUCUUUGGACCAGGACCUCUUGAUGCUCAAAGCUACUUCCAUGGCAACGAUGAACUGCUUAAACGACUGCUUCCACAUCCUCCAGCUGCAGCACGCGUCCCAUCAGAAGGGCUCGUUGCCCCCAGGAGCAACCAUUGAGUGGUUGGAACCAAAGAUACCUUUAUCAAACCACUAUAGGAAUGGAGCUGAGCAGCCCUUUGCACCUGAGCCGAGCAAGCCCAUGGCUGUCCCGGAAGCACAGUCUGCCUCAGAGUCUGGAGCAGUAGCAAGGGAACCUGAAGAGAUUGAUGCAGAUGAUGAGCUCGAGGACACCUGUGACAACAAGGAGGAUGACCUGGGGGCAGUGGAGGAGCAGCGCAGCGUCAUCCUGCAUCUCUUGUCACAGCUCAAGCUGGGCAUGGACUUAACGAGAGUGGUACUUCCUACAUUUAUCCUGGAGAAGCGCUCCUUACUAGAAAUGUAUGCAGAUUUCAUGUCUCAUCCAGACCUGUUCAUAGGCAUCACCAAUGGAGCCACGCCCGAGGACCGGAUGAUUCGCUUCGUUGAGUACUACCUUACCUCAUUUCAUGAAGGCCGGAAGGGAGCCAUUGCUAAGAAGCCGUACAAUCCUAUCAUUGGGGAGACUUUCCACUGCUCCUGGAGGGUACCAAAGGGCGGAAUGGCAUCCGGUUUGAGUGGCAGCUCUUGCACCUCCGCCGUCACAAAUCAUGCCCCUCUGCCGGAGGAUGUUCUAGCCCAGGGGGUCUCAGACUGUUACACUGUCAGAUUUGUCGCUGAGCAAGUUUCCCAUCAUCCUCCAGUCUCAGGAUUUUAUGCAGAAUGUACAGAAAGGAAGAUGUGUGUAAAUGCGCAUGUCUGGACUAAAAGCAAGUUCUUAGGCAUGUCCAUAGGUGUGACAAUGGUUGGAGAAGGACACCUUUGCUCCCCUCGCUGUAGCGUCACAGCCGAAGUGAAGCACAACAUUUCCAACACUGUGGUGUGCAGAGUACAGGGGGAGUGGAACAGUGUUCUGGAGUUCACCUACAGCAAUGGCGAGACCAAGUGCGUGGACCUGACUAAGCUGGCCGUGACGAAGAAGAGAGUGAGGCCUCUGGAGAAGCAGGAUCCCUUUGAGUCCAGACGAUUAUGGAAAGAUGUAACAGAUUCUCUGAGGGAAUCUGAAAUUGACAAGGCCACAGAGCACAAACGUGCCUUGGAAGAACGGCAGAGAACUGAAGAAAGACAUCGGACUGAAACAGGCACACCCUGGAAAACCAAGUAUUUUAUUAAAGAGGGAGAUGGCUGGGUUUAUCACAAACCCCUUUGGAAAGAAAUUCCGUCACAGCCAGCAGAGUGACACAUGCUUUCUGAGACUGGACCAAAUGAGGGUCUCCUGUAUCCCCAAGCCCUCUCAGACGGAGUCGUUGCACUGAGUGACCUGCCUCCUAACUGCACAGCCUGAAACUAGCUGAACACGAAUGUACCUACUCGAGCUCAUCACCCGCAGCAAGACCAAAGUGUUUAGGACACGUGAUGGGCCUCUCGGCAGCCUGUUCACCAACGUGAGCAAUACCAUCUUAGAGCCUUCCCCCCCCAGUACGUGUGUCAUCUUAUAUCUGCUCGAGCCCCUGUUUGUGCGGGGCGACAGAUGACAGCGGUGAGAGCUCAGCGACUCUGGUUCCUUUGUAGUGAAGUCAGGUCCCUUGCAGAGUGUUCGCUUUCUGUCCACACUGAAGUCCUCACUGCUCUUCCAGACCAAGAGGGAGACUAGCGGGACCUACAAGUGGAUCGCGCCAUUGUGCCUGAAGUCAGUGUUCACAUCCCAAGGCCUCUUCCUUUGGAGGCUGUGCCUGUGCCCGAUGAAGCCCAUCACUUGCUCUGCUGGAACUCUCUUUUAAAAGGGUAUUUAUAAUUAGAAUUGUAACCAUGGAGGAAUUUUUUUCUUCUGAGCAUUUUAAUAUACUUGAAAACAACAUUGACUUGAAAAAUUUCAGAACAUUUUUCAAUACCUAGUUUUAUUAAAUAUUACACUUAAGAGACAAUUUUUUAAAAUAUGUUCAUGUCAAUAUGAGAUUUUGGCCUUUCUCAAGAACUAAGGCAUUAAAAAAAAUAGCAAAUACUAAAAAACAAAGCUGUUACUUUUUCCGUACCUCUUCUCAUUUGUAGGUUCAUAUUCAGUAUUAUGUGCUCUCCUGAGUAAGUUUGCUUUAUCUGACCUCUGUUCACUCAGAAGUUAAAACUAAAGCCUGUUCAUGUCUGUCAGUAAUUCAAUUAUGUCCGUGACCGAGUGCACGCAAAGUAGGGUUUAUUCCAUUUCCAAGGAAAUCUAGAAGCUGAGGAAAGUGUGAGAUAGAGGCAGGAAUGUGCACUCAGGUAGAAGUUGGGUUUUUAUUGAUAUUUUAGUGGGAAUUGCCGGCCAUGAACUGAGUAGUGCUAAUUAUGGUUUCAUUUGUUUGAGUGUUUGCUGAGCGCCCCCUCGUGGUGCUGGCCGUUACUGCAAGCUCCCUUCACUGUCCCAGAGUGGUGCCUUACCCUGCCCCUGCCCGUGGUCUUCCAGCUGGUGUGCGGAAGGAGCGCACACCUGUCACUCAGCCACCGAGCCAGGCCGCUGUGGCUGUGCUCUGAGAACCUCUUUCUUAAGAAGGGUUAAAAGGAUGAAAACAGCAACAAUGAUUUUUUUCAGCAAAUUGUAAAUUAAAAGAAUUGGUUUGUGUACAACCAUUUUAAUGAUUCCCUUUUCAUUUUUGCUGUGAAGUGCACUGAAAAAAAAAUCUCGAAAUGAGCUAUAGUUCAUGUGUUGGGAAAAUUGAAAAAUAAUAAAAAUAGAGAACAG